AGACAAUCAAGAUGCUAAAAAUUGCUUUCGAGCCGAACAUUUUGAAAAAUGACAAAUUUGCGGGAAUUUUUGACAGUUGUCAAUAAAAACAUCGUGAGUUGUGGAUUUCGUUUCGUAUCAGUUUAAUUCAUUGAUUUUUCAUGGUUUUCUUUACAGACAUAGUUUAUUAUUAAAUAAAAAGUGUAUUAGAGAAAACGGUGCGUUUGAUUGACUCCUAAGACCUCAAACUGGACACCGCGAGAGUUAAGGAGUAGUCAAUAUAAGGUGACCAGAAAGAUACAACACUGGCCUAAUAAAUAUAGCAGACGUCUUCGAACAAUUAAAAUGCCUCGGAUCAUGUUCCCCGAAAGUGAUACAGAACCAGAGAAAUACUCAAGGAGAUCUAGACAAGUGCGAGUUUUCUUCGCUGAUGACAAUGAUUCCACCAACAGAAGCGUGAAGAUCCGUCGCAGUCGUGCUCCUAGGAAAAACUAUAUGGAGGACAGUGAGGAUAAACCCAUUCAAGAAAAUGUCCGGAGAAGCUGUCGUAAGCGCAAGCUCCUACAUCACAACUUCAACGAGAGCUGGAUCACCAACGAGCUGAAAGUGAAGGGUUACCCAGAUCUUUACGGUUUCCCCGGUUCUAGUUCUUCAGUCGAAUUCUCUUCGGCUGACGAGGCCAGAGUUGCCUCCAAGAAACAUACACGCAGCCAUCCUCCAACAAACACUGAUGAAGAUACCCAGCUGUCGCGGCAGAGAAGAACUUCUGCUAGAUUUAACAACAAAAAGAUUAUUGAUGCGACGGAAUCAGAUUCAGAGGAGGAAAACAAUCAAACAGUUAUUGAGAAGAAACCACCAACGGAAACUAAGAAAGAAGACGAGAACAUGGACACAGAAGUAACACCUGCAGAUAAAGAAGAUGAUAAAGAAGUAAAGCAGGAGAAGGAACCUGAACAGGGUCAGGAUAGUGAAAGUAACCAAGCUCCAACGAGAAGUAGUAGAAGAAGGCCCGUCCGAAGUAGAACUAAGAAAGUUGAUAGUCAACAGGAAACAGAGUCAUCAUCCUCGGAAUCUGGCAGCGAGUUGACACUAAGCCGGCAACCGCGGCGUUCGAAGCGCACGCGCAAGCCUAAACCCGCCUUCAUGCAGAUAGCGCAGGACGAGACGCGGUCCAGAGCAAAAACAUUCACAAUAAGAAAGAAGCCAUACUGCCUUAGAGAGAGGAAACCAAAAAUAUUGCGUAGAAAAACAAUCAGAUCACAAUCGCCGUCCAGUACGACCAGUAGCAGUAGUACAUCUAGUUCGGAUACGGAAGAGGAUCUUAAUGUUUCUAUGAAAAAUAAAACUAAGGGCAGUUUAUUUUCCAGACAAAAGUCUAAGUCAACGGAUGAUAAGAAAACAGACAGAGCGCUGAGAGACAUACAACCAGUUGAAGUUGAUGGCAGUGUCAGAUUUACUUCUGUUGGAGGUCUAGAAGAGCACAUUAAAUGUCUCCGAGAAAUGGUACUGUUCCCGCUUAUGUACCCUGAACUCUUUCAAAAGUUCAAGACGCGACCCGCCAAAGGAGUAUUGUUCCACGGUCCGCCUGGUACUGGUAAAACGUUACUAGCAAGAGCUCUAGCCAACGAGUGCACGCUAGUUGGAGGAAGAAAAGUAGCAUUUUUCAUGAGAAAAGGAGCUGAUUGUUUGAAGAAAUGGGUCGGAGAGAGUGAACGGCACCUCAAACUGCUUUUUCAACAGGCGAACAAAAUGAAACCGUCAAUAAUAUUCUUUGACGAGAUCGAUGCGCUGGCGCCGGUCCGUAGCGUCCGACAAGAACAAGUACACACCAGCGUAGUGGGCACGUUACUGGCUGAGAUGGAUGGGUUAUGUGACAGGGGAGAAGUAGUAAUAAUUGGCGCGACGAAUCGGUUAGACGCGGUAGACCCUGCAUUACGUCGCGCGGGUCGGUUUGACCGAGAGCUUCACUUCCCACCGCCACACGCCGCCGCUAGAAGGGAUAUACUAGAAAUAUAUACCAAGGACUGGACGCCCAAACCUAGUGACGAGACUUUGGAUUAUCUAGCUGAAAUCACUGGUGGAUAUGGAGGGUCGGACCUAAAGGCGUUAUGUUCGGAGGCAGUAUUAAAAGCGUUGCGUCGAGUGUACCCGCAAGUGUACGAGAGUGAACAUGCCCUAGUUAUUGAUGCUAAGAACGUGGAGGUGACCCGCGCGGACCUGGUGUCGGGCAUGGAGUCGCUGGUGGCGGCGGGCGCGCGCAGCGGGCCGGUGGCGGCGCGCCGCCUGCCGCCCCGCGCCCUGCCCCUGCUGCAGCCACAGCUGCUCGCCGCCCGCGCCCUGCUGCACCAGUGCUUCCCACUCGCCACAAAUACCGAUAAUGUUCAAUCGAUAAGUGAAUCCACCUUAUCACAAAGCGUGUUCCUAAUAACGGGCGAGUGCGCAGAGACUCACAUAGCGCCCGCACUACUGGCGGAACUAGAACACUGCACUGUGAAGGAACUCAGCAUGUCUACCUUACACUCCGCUCUCACCUUCACGCAGGAACAAGCUGUAAUAUCGGUAUUCUCGGAGUGUCGGCGCGCGGACCGUGGCUGCGUGCUGUUGGUCCGCGACGUGGCGAGCGUGUGGUGCGCGGGGCUGGGCGCGCUGCUCCGCCAGCAGUGCCGCGCGCGCGCCGCCGGGGCCCGCACGCUACUGCUCGCCACCGCGCUCCAGCCGCACCACCAACUGCCGCACGAGGUACAAGAGCUGUUCCCGGUGUACAAGGACUGCGUAUACAGGGUGCGUGAACCUAGUGCAGCUGAAGUAAUUAACUUCUUGAAGCCAAUACUUGCUGAUGCGUUACUAGACCCGCCGCCUAUUGAGAGCAACGAGCCACCUCCUCCUUUACCUAGAGCCCCUCCACCGCCACCACCUCGCGAGUCAGCGGAGGAGAUGACGCGGCGCAAGCGCAAGGAGGACUACAAACUCCGCGAGCUCAGGAUAUUCUUGCGAGACAUCUGCAGGAAACUAGCGUCCAACAGGCGGUUCUACAAGUUCACUAAACCUGUGGAUUUGGAGGAGGUAACCGACUACCUAGACAUAAUAAAGCAGCCGAUGGACUUGGAAACGAUGAUGACCAAAGUGGAUAUGCACAAGUACAACUGCGCCAAAGAGUUUCUGGACGACAUCGACCUUAUAUGCGCAAACGCACUCGAGUAUAACCCGGACCGAACAUCAUCGGACAAACAGAUACGUCACGAAGCGUGCUCGUUGCGCGACCAUGCGCACGCGCUUAUCGACGUCGAAAUGGACAGUGACUUUGAAUUGGAGUGCCAGGAGAUUGCGAAGAGAAGGCACGAGGAAGGCAUGGCGGACAACGACCUACCUGACUUUAUUUGUACAGCUUCUAAUUUACAUCACUUCGACUCAAUAGUGAGCGAUAAAUCGCGGACGCCUCAGAAUGGCGACAAGAGCGAUUCACAUUCAGUAAAGCGCAAACGCAGACGUAUGAACGCGUGGUCCAAGGGGCUCGUUGUGAAGCGACAGAAGACGUCAAAGAACUUCAAGGACUCGAGUAUAGCGAUAACGGACGAGGAAUCAAAAGAGAACAAGCCGAUAACAUCGACGCCGCUCCCCAACGGUGAAGUGAGCACGUCGUCCGGCAGCGAUGACGACGCACCGCUGCGCCGGCCGCAGGACAAUGACACUAUAUUCAAUAUUACCGCACAAACUGUCGUUAAUAACCAUGUAUUAGAGAGUCCAACGAAGUCGACAGAAAAGACACCCUCAAAGACAUCACCAAAGAAGAGAAAUUCAGGCCACGAAAAUACGAGUGCAGAAACGGAGAAAGUACUGAUAAACAAGACUGAGUUAGAUAACGUUGUAUAUAAGAACGCGAAGUCACUUCGGACGAUCGGCCUUGAAGCGCUACUCGACUUGCACGCACAACUGUCGCAAGUCGUCUCGAGUUACGCCACUAAACUCGACCGGACUAAACUACCACAGGACCUUAAUACUAUCGUCACGAGGUACUUACAAUAUGCGAAGAAAUGAAGAGUCUUUAUAUGCGUUAUGUUUGGUAAGGUAAGCCUGGUUAUAUGUACAAAUGGGUAGAUCAACAUAGAGUAUUGUUAUUCACCAGAUUGUAAGAGAAUGUUUGGCUAAGAAACUCUUGUAGUUUGGUAUUUCUUUUUUCUUUGUUAAUGAAAGUUGAGUUUGUUUUGUAAAGUCGCGGAACGAAUUGAUCAAAUAACGAGUUUUCGUAAUUACGUAUUAAUAAUGUUUUAUGAACAUGAACAAUCUAAGGUACGGAGCCGAUGGCUUAAAAGAAUGGUAUUAUAAAGUUGUUAAUUUUAUAACAAGGUUGUUUACAGCAUCGAAUGUAAUCGAUUUCGCUACUUUAGUCGAUGCUUUUAACGAUAUCGAGUUAAUCGAUAUUGUUUGUCUAAUCGGUUUACCAUUAGUAUUAACUGCCAACAGUAUAGGUAGUAGAUGAAAGUUUGGAAUAUAACAUUCCAUAAUUUUAUAUCAAAUCGAUCAUAUCUUAAGCGCUUUGUCCGGAAUCCACUGAAAAUACAUUUUAAAUAUUAGCUACAGUUGAUAUUUUUAAUAUACUUAACGUUAAUUGUCUUAACAUGCGCAAGCGCAGCAUUACGCAAUAAUAGUCUUUUAUCAUAUCGGAACUGAGAUGAUUUGUGUAUGUUUGUUCAGCCUAUCAAAAGACAUUCUUACAAGAUAUAUAUAUAUAUAUUAUAUGCAGUUUUAAAAACACAACUUUUGAUUUGACAUUGUUCAUCAAGAUUUCGUUUCAAAACAAUCUACCUCUUCUAUAAAACAACGAUACAAUAAAGUUUAUUUUCUAAUGGACAAGGCGCUUAUAAGCUGGCGUUCUUAGGCGGCAUCCGUAAUAAUGAUUUUGGCGGCCGCCA